CACUCUGCGUUCAAGUCUUUCACGAGAGCAGGAGCAGCAGCCAGAGCGAGACUACAAUAAGCACAGAAGAAGAUAAGAAGGGAGGAGCAAAUUCGAAAAGCAGCAGCUAAAAAGGGCAGAGGAGAAAUCUAGAAAGAGACUUGAGAAUUGGAAAUGAAGGGAGCUGAGCAAGAGUUACCCCCUGGGUUCAGAUUUCAUCCGACCGACGAUGAACUAGUGAAUCAUUACUUGAUUAGGAAGUGUGCAGGACAGCCUAUUUCUGUUCCGAUUAUUGCUGAGAUUGAUCUUUAUAAGUACGAUCCCUGGCAGCUUCCAGAGAUGGCUCUGUACGGCGAAAAGGAGUGGUACUUCUUUUCUCCCAGAGAUAGAAAAUAUCCCAACGGUUCGCGACCCAACCGGGCGGCUGGAACAGGCUACUGGAAAGCCACGGGAGCUGAUAAACCUAUAGGCCGGCCCAAAACUCUUGGCAUCAAGAAAGCACUGGUAUUUUAUGCUGGGAAGGCCCCUAAAGGAAUUAAAACCAACUGGAUCAUGCAUGAAUAUCGCCUUGCCAAUGUCGACAGAUCUGCUGGAAAGAAAAACAACCUCAGGCUUGAUGACUGGGUAUUAUGCCGAAUAUACAACAAGAAAGGAAGUAUAGAGAAACACUAUCCUGUGGACAGACAAAAUUUGACAAAAUACCCUGAAGGGGAGGACCAAAAACCCAAGAUUUUAGUGUCUGGGCAUAAUCCACCACCGAAGUUGGCGCAAUCAUGUUUAAACCAUAAUGACUUAUCAGUACAUACGGACGCAUCUGAUUCCAUACCCAGGUUGCGUACCGACUCGAGUAGCUCAGAGCAUAUACUUUCACCUGAUAUCACGUGUGAGAAGGAGGUCCAGAGUGAAUCCAAAUGGAAUGAGUUGGAUAUUAAUGGGUUCGAUUUUGGUUUCAAUUACGAGGAUGAUUUUCAAGAUGAUCCUUUUGCUUCCCAAGUUCAGUUCCAAAUGGAUCAGCCAUUCCUCCUGCAAGAUAUGUUUAUGUAUUUACAGAAGCCAUUUUGACGACCAUAGCAUCCCUCCGCCGAACCCAACGUCAAAGUUAAAAGGGUAAAAAAAAAAAAGCAAAUAAACGAACAAAACAUUGGAGUAUGUGUGGAGAUGAUAUUUCUCUGUGGUUCUGCACGUGUGGGUGACGGAUUGGGGCCUAUUGACAAGGACGAAAAAUGUGCCGGUGAUUGUGAUCUAGAGGGCCUAGCUCAUGUUAAUAUGUAAGGAUUCAUGUAGCACAAUUCUUACAAGUUGUAGAACAAUUUAUUUGAUUAAUUACAGAUGGAAUGCAGUUGGGAAGUCCUGAACAGCGAGCUGAUUGUGAUGGAGAUGGAAAUGAAAAUGGACUGGGGGGGAUGAACAUGAUGACUCCGGAUCCAAAUUUUUUUUUUGUUUUAUUUGGAAAAUGAUGGCACGAUUUUUGGAAGUUGUCCAGAGCCAUCGGUGGAGUAGUAGUUUUUGACGGCGUCAUUUUAAAUAAGUAAAUAUAUGAAUAACCUAAAUUUUUUUAUCAGAUGAAAUUGAAGUAGUAUUAUUGUAGUAUUUUAGAAAAUGGUGAUGUUGUAUAUAGAAAAUUAAAAAAAAAAAAAUUAAAAGAAUAAAAAAUUGUAAAAUGAUUUUCUAAUGUCGGUAAUGCCGUUAUAAAUAGGUUUUGUGGGGUUUGUAAUUGUGCAUAAAAAAUACAGCACCUAUUAAUCAUAUUAUCUUGUAUUGUUUCACCGGUAAUAAAAAAAAAAUUUUUAGUCUUCAA